AUGAUCACCAUCAAGAUCAUACUCUGCACUGCUAUAUGCACAUCAAGUGUUCUCGCUCAAAAAUCUGCCAGCCCUAAUAGAACUCUAUGGUCUAUUGAAUUGGCAAGCCCUGUUCACUUCCAGAAUCUCAUGACCACUAAAGGUGUCAUUAGUCUUGCUCCACAUGAAGCCACCCGAUUGUGGUAUGUAGUCUGCUCAGCCGCUGUCUAA